CAACCACGCAAAUUCCCAGGUACAACAUACCAGGAGGAAUUUAAGCACAUCAAACGAUGCAAUGAACGCAGGCACCGUCAGGACGACCAGAAGGCAGAGCGGCAGGCCGUUGGGCAUCUACGUUGCGGGCGCCGCGCUACGCCUGGCCCUCUUCACUCUUUUUCCAGGCCUGCCCGACUUGCUGACCGGCCGCGUCGAGAUCUCUACGCCUGUGACGAGCUUCAAGAGGUUGCAAGAAGGUCUCUUCCUAUACAACCACAACGUCUCCCCCUAUGACGGCGGCGUAUACCACCAAGCGCCCCUCCUCCUUCCGCUCUUCUCGCUUCUGCCCGAUGCGGCGACAUACCCAAUAUUCACAGCGCUGCUGUACAUUGCCGUCGACCUCUUCUGCGCCGAUGCUCUCCUUCAGAUUGCUGAGUCGGGCGAGGCCGGAUCCUCUGCUAAGUUCCAGUCUCCUCGACGUCAGAGGAGAUGGAGCGGAGCGAUUGUGGCUGCCAUAUACCUUUUCAGCCCCUUCACAAUAGCGACAUGCAUCGGCCGCUCGACCGCCGUUUUCACCUCGUGCGCCAUCCUCCACGCCAUUGCAAAGGCCAUUCAGGGUCGCACCCUCGGCGCCUUGGUCUCUAUCGCAUUCGCCUCGUACCUAUCCAUGUCUCCGCUGCUCCUCCUCCCACCGCUCCUCGUCCUAGCCUACGAUCGCCAGCCGGCCGCCCCCGCGCGCGCCCACCUUUCGACCUCGCCGAUCACUUUCGCCCUCGUGGGCACAGGAGUAGUCGUGGCGGUCCUUACUGUCCUUGUCGCCCUCUCACUCGUCAUCACCACCUUCUCCUGGGAGUUCUUGGCAUCAACCUACGGCAUCCAGCUGACGCUCGCGGACCUGACGCCCAACGCGGGGUUGUGGUGGUACUUCUUCAUCGAGAUGUUUGACCCGUUCCGCUCCUUCUUUCUCGCUGUCUUUUGGCUGCACCUAGCUUCCUACGUCGGCGGGCUCACCAUCCGCAUCCGCACCCAGCCCCUCGCCGCCCUCUCGAUCCUCCUCGGCCUGUUCGCCAUCUUCAAGCCCUACCCAUCCAUAGCCGACACGGCCUUGUUCCUGGGCCUGCUGCCCCUCUUCCGCCACAUCUUUCCUCUGAUGCGCUACCCUUUCGUCAUCGCGGCCGUCAUCGUCUAUGCAGUCUUCCUGGGUCCUGCCUUUUGGCACCUGUGGAUCUAUGCCGGUAGUGGCAAUGCAAACUUCUUCUACGCCAUCACGCUGGUUUGGAGCUUGGUGCAGAGCCUGUUGGUAAGCGACUUGACGUUUGCGCUGCUGAGAGACGAGUGGGAGGUAGACAGGCCCGAAAUGGUUGGUAAGGAAAUUCGACAGAUCUAGAAAGAAAAAGAAAGAAAAAAAUACUGGCGGGAAAGGCAGUCGGAUGUAUGGUUCGACACCUGAUGUUUUGAGAGAAGAUGAAUUGUACAAAUAUUACACUAAACUACCUGAAAGACCAACAUCAAAUAUGCCUUGCUUUCUUGCUACAAGCCUUUCCAUUAUGCCAUGCAUGCAUGUUUAGAGCGUUGUUUUCCCCAAAUAUGAUUUUACAACAUGAAACUCCGCUCCGUCACCCUGAAAAGAUCUUCUCCUACCUCGCAAACUGACCAGCGCCCAAUUGCCUACCGGCGCCGCCCAAGACCGCACCCGCAGAACCCACAGCCCACAGGCCCCCGAGCCUCCGCACCCUAUCAAACACCUGCAGCGGGGCGCCGAACCUGUGCGUGGCCAAGACGUCCCGCAGCAGCAUGACGGCAGCCGCGACGACCGACGCCGACAGCACGCCCAGGCCCAGCGUCCACGCGACCUCGCCGUGCUCCAUGCUGCCGCCCCGGCCCGUCGUCC